AUGGUGUCCUCAAUUCUCAAGCUGGCCACCCUUGGCCUUUUGGCUGCGUCGGCCAAUGCUGUCCCUGUGGUUUCGCGCCCGUCGAUGCAGAAACGAGGUACAAGCACUAAGCGCGGUGCUGCAUACAACGAUGCAGACCUCGUCACUGCUCUGAGUGACAGUUCUAGUACUAUGGCAUGGGCAUACAACUGGGGAUCCUCUAAGGAUGGUGAUAUCCCAGAUGGAGUCGACUAUGUGCCUAUGCUCUGGGGUUCCUCCUCUUCCUUCGUUGACGGAUGGGUUUCGGCUGUGGAAACCGCCCUUGACUCUGGCAGCUCAUACAUCUUGGGCUUCAACGAGCCGGAUUCGUCCACCCAGGCUGAUAUGACCGCCUCCGAAGCUGCCACUUACUACAAGGAGUACAUCACUCCCUACUCCGGCGAUGCUAGUCUAGUUAGUCCUGCGGUCACCUCUUCCACAAGCUCUGGUGAAGGUCUUGACUGGCUUGAAUCUUUCUUGGAGGAUUGUUCUGAUUGUGAUAUUUCUGCCAUCGCUGUUCACUGGUACGGUAGUGAUGUUUCGGACUUCAAGUCCUUCGUCGAGGAGGCUAUUGAUUUGGCUGAUGAUUAUGACAUCUCGUCUGUCUGGAUCACCGAGUUCGGUCUCGACACUGAUGAGAGUGGUAUUUCCGACCUUACCACUGCGGCUGCUUUCGUGAAGGAAGCUAGUGAAUGGCUUGAGGAGCAAUCCGCGGUCACCCAUUAUGCUUUCUUCUACUGCGCCAAUGACUACAUGCUCACUGACUCUGUGGUAAACUCUGUCGGUGAUGCCUACGUCGCUGUUGGUUCUUCCUCUUCCUCUUCCUCCACAUCAUCCUCCUCCUCUUCCACCACUACAUCAAGCACCACUUCCGUUGCCGUCGAGGCAACAACCCUCGUCUGGACCGAGCCUGCAUACACUACUACCGAGAGUGAAGUUACCUAUACUACUUGGGCUGCUCUUGUCGGUGAGGCUGCGUCAUCAUCCACCUCCACUCCUGAGCCUGUUCCUACCUCGACCUCGACCCCGACCUCGGUUUCAACUUCCACCAUCACCUUGACCUCCACCACUACCGUUGCUCCUGUGAUUACCCCAUCGCCGACCUCAUCUUCCGUCCCUGUUCCCACAGUUACUGUGACCGUCACUCUUGAUGCCAGCCUCAAGCCCGAAGGUGACGACUCAUUCGUUUAUGGAGCCUGUGGUGCCAGUUCCACCCCGCUGAAGGCACUCAGCAGCUUCACAACACUGGCCGCUCCUCAAUCAACUCCCCUUUAA